GCCGGGUGUGGCGGCGGAUGUGGGCGCAAGACGGUUAGGACGGGUGACGGCGGAUGAUGUGCUUCUCGUUCGCGACACAACAGAAUUGCCCGGUUUGUCUUUUCCGGUUAUUUUCAACCUGGCCACUAUUUUCCCCUACCGACCCCGGCCUGAUCUGCACAACUGCACUAUAAUAUGUCAUCGCUACGCGCACAUAUUCCUCUCCUUUGCACUCGCCGCUUUCGACUCCUUCUCUCCUCUGCAUGGCCCUUUAUACACCGCCGCCCUCGCUCCCUCGCACUCCCUCUUCACUUCCAAUGGACGCUCCCUUGCCGCUGCUCCCCGUAGAACUCAUGUCGACAUGGGCCGACUGGCGCGCCACCAAGCCUGAGCCACCCCUGACCCCGCCGCUCUCCAAUGUCUUCGCCAGGCGCGUCCUGCCUCCCCAGGCGCAACCAAAGCCUGUCCUGCCGUCCAUUUCCCACUUCGAUCACGCGUCGGCUCGCGUUUCCCCAGUCACGCCGCCACAAGUGGAUGAUUCGUACCAGUGGCAGAGCUACGGAUCGCCUACACUGCGAUCGCCUCGAGCGUACGUGCCUACAUCUGCACCGCGCACGGACGCGUCGCAUACCGCGGAGUACCUGCCUUCACCACCGUCCGCGCUCGACUGGUUCACAAUAUCCUCGGACCGCCCGUCGCAGUUCAUUGCAGAGAAGACUUGCGAGAUGAUCUGCUACCUCUGGUUCUCGAGCUACUCGCAGUCUGCCUCCCCUUCAAAACGGAAUCGUACCGCUCCACAGGAGCACUCGCAUUAUAUUCCUCCUACUAAUUCCGCGACCGCGUCGCUUCAAUUCUCAGUAUCCCCUGCGUUUGUCCGCUUCAUGCAGAAAGUCCUCGAGACCACGCAAGUCAGUCAGUCCGUCAUCGUCCUCGCAUUACAUUACAUCUACCGUAUGAAAGCACGUAAUCGCUUCACCACUGGUCACCCUGGUAGUGAGUACCGAGUCGCGAUCGCCGCACUCAUGAUGGCGAACAAGUUCGUAGACGAUAACACGUACACGAACAAGACAUGGUCAGAAGUCUCCGGCAUUGACUUGAUCGAGAUCAACAAAAUGGAGAAGGAGUUCUUGCUGGGGAUCGACUUUGGGCUCUACGUCGACAAGUCGACAUACGAGUCGUGGCUGAACCUCUUGCAAGGCUUGGUCAUGGCGAAGGAGCGCGAGCUGCAGCACUGGCGUCGAUCACGGCGGCCUGCGCGUUCACUCCAUCGGGUACACCCUCGGCAUUCUGCCUCGAGCCUUUCGCGACCGCAUGCGACUCCGUCACAUCGCGCACGCUCGUCUUCGCCGCGUCGGUGUCCAGCUGGGUUGCAACCUGGCUAUGCGCCGCCUCCUCAUCCCGCCUACACCAGCUACCGUGCCGCUCAGCCUGUCGCAUUGCCUUCCGGCGCGAAACGGUCCGCAUCCGAGGCCUUCGCUCGCGACGACUCGCCUUAUGUGUCUGCUGCACCGGCCAGCGAAAUACCGAGACGGACUAUGGGUCUCACUCUGCAGAUCCCCGAGCUCGAGUACUCAAGUGGCCAUUCGAGCGAGAGCUCGGCGUCCCCGCUGGAGCCGCUGCAAGGUUUCUCCAAGCUGUCGCUCGGAGCAUCGCCUGUCGACGUAGCGAACACAUCCCCUUGGGCUUCGACCAUUGGUCAGAAUGAAGUACCGCAAACACUCGUGUCAGCAUAUCGUCGUGAUGACCGGCGACUGUAUGCGACGCCUCAGCAAUUGUACUUCUACACGUUGUCUUGUUCGCCAGCUCAAGAGGAAGACACCAUCUCACGCAAAGGUCGCCUUCGGUAUCACCAGCCACGUCCGACCCAUCCCGCGGUGCCACAAAUCCAACCGCAGGUGCCCAUGGUCGUGCAAUCCGCCUCUGCGAGCCCCUACGACAUGCACAUGCCACUUCGCACCGGUCACACGUUACCUCCUCUGUCCGAACUCGCACGGGAUUGGCCUCGAGAAUGCGCAGUCGUGUCUCACUGCCAUUCCGCGUCGCCACACGGAAGCGAGCGGCCCGCGCAGGAUCUCGUUCCUUCUGCAACUUUCGCAAAUGCUGGGCCGCCAGGGUACCAGUUCUAUGCUACGUCUGCCCCGGCCCCCUCGCCUUACUAUUACGCCGCGCGGGGUCGGCGGUUAUAAUGAACUCCGUCUUGGUGUAAUCACUCUAAUUUGCACAGCCAUUCUGCGCCUUGUACAUUCUUGUUGUCGUACUUUGGGACCACGUCUGCCGCAUUGCCACGGUUUCUGUUACGCUGUUAUGAUUAUAGCGUUCACGUUCACGUACAUCCGCAUCCACAUCUGCAUUCUCCAUCCAUCAUACCCUGCACACACAGUUCGGACUAUCCCUUCAGCACACGUCAACGUAGAAAUACAUCAUCCUCAUCAGAUAGUCGCAGCAUUGAAAUCACCUGUAUAUGUUUCCCUGUCGGGUACGCCGAUGUAUGUAUCAAGUAGGCAUAGUGGUUGUUGGGCGCCGGAGGCUGCCACACGAACGGAGCAGUCAGAAGACGCGUCUAACACGGGCUUCGUGACCCUAGUCUCGCGUUUGAAUGGUUCAAAUCGGUGCUUAUCCGCGUUCUGAUGGGAUAACAAAAGCU